ACUAUGUUUCAAAAUGAAUAUAAGCCGUAGUCAUUUGAUAAAAAAUGUCAGUCAAUUUUUCCGUGAAGAUAAGAUGAAUCGAAAGACUCUCUGUUUUUUCUUGAUUGUAACUAUUACUUUGGAGCUCCUAAUUCCAUGCGCAAAUGCGAAUGGCGGUGGAAAAGCAAAAAAAAUUGUGAUGGCUAUGAAACAGGGCGCUAAAAAAACUGCAAAAAAAGUUAGUAAAUCAAGUGUCGAACUAGGAAAAAGUACGGUAAAUUUGGCUGGUAAUGGCCUUAAAGUAGGUGUGGAAGCUCUUGCCUCAGCAGUUGCGAUUGGAUGUUUUCCUUUUGACUUUGCAGGAGAUCCUGAUGGAACUAUGCAAUUUGUAGCUGACUCAACUACUUCCUUAGCGGGUAGUGUGGUAAAUACGGUUAACAGUGGGAUCGACGUGGGAAAAAAAUCUGCUAAUGUGGCUGUAAAUUUGGGAGGUAGCCCUUGUAUCUGUGCGCACCAAUCGAUGAAAGCGAUGAAAGAAAUCGAAGAAAAAGAGGAAAUAGCGGAAGUUCUAGAGGAAGAAAGACGACGAAGAUUGAAGGAACUUCCAGGACCAAGCAAUUAAUUAUAUUUUUUAUGUUUUUGCAAUCGAAAUUCCAUGUUUUUCUUUCCAUUUGUUAAAUACAAAAAUUAAUUUUCGGUUUAAA